UUCGUUUUUCGUGGUUUUGAUUUUGGUCCUGUAUAAAAGAGUGUGUCGCGCUUCGGCUUCCACUUAGUUGAUCUGUUAGGUAUAUUGCGUUCAGAGCUUACAACGGUUUCCACGCGAACAAGUUUUACUUCAAAAUGGCCAAGUUUGUGAUCGCCCUGGUGCUCUCGGUCCUGAUCGUAGCCGUUGCUGCCAACAAACCCUCUCAGUCGAAGCAGCAUCAGCCUCAGCCCCAUCACCAAACCCAAUCACACCACCAACCGCAGCCUCACCAUCAGACUCAAGUGCAUCAUCAACCACAGGGACAUCACCAGCAGCAGCAAGGCCAUAAGCAGCAGCCUCACCACCAGCCACAGGGCCACCAUCAGCCUCAAGUGCAGCACGGUCAUCAACAGCAAGGCCAUGGCUUCGGUGCCAGUCACGGACAGCAGCAUGGUGGAUUCCAGCAUGGACAGAAGAAGCACCAUUAAGCACUCUGUUGACAGUUGAAUGUUUGAUUAAUAAAAAAGUACAUACUUAAAAACUG